AUGGGCGACUCCACCGCGAUUAUUACCUUCGAAGACAUUUUUUUCCGUUGUGUCAACAACCCAGAUGGAGGGGAGCCGAACCCCAAAGAAUGCAGCUUCUUCCUUCCACAGGAUGAGGCCGAUUCGCUCGUCGUGGAGGACAAAGUUGCCGCAACGUUAGUGAAGCUGCUCGAAAUGUCUGCAGAGGAUGCCGAGAAAUUAGCGGAUUACGUCGUCAAAUCAGCAAAGAAAGUGUUUCUCACGCUCCUAUACACGGACACAAUCGAGUUCAUCAAUGAUCUGCAAACCGCCGGCUUCAAUGACGAGCAUCUUCCAGUGUGCUAUACCCAAAACCCAUCCGGCGCUCCCACGGGUCAUGAAGUGUGCAGUCUACGUCCGGAGCUUCCGUCGACUUCGCGUGUACCUCUGGAGGGCUUCGCCAAUUGGGGACUUCGCAAAAUUGCGGAAUUCGGCCAAAAGCAAUGGAUAUUCCUGUGCCCCGUUUUCGAUGACACUGAGUUCAUCUACCAGUUCUCCAAGGAACAGCGCCUACCUUUCAUGCCUGCGGUGAAUCAUGGCGAGGGCGCAGGGCAUUUUGGUCUUGUCCAGAGGCUUAAACUCCAUCCCGCGCAUUAUCGCACGGGGUCAAGCUCGAUCAGGAGUACCGACUGCGACGGCGAUGGGCCUAUCGAGGUUGCUUUGAAGUAUCUGCUUCAGGACGGCCGGCCGGCAGAAAGAGAGAAAUUCUAUAAAAGGGAGAUGGAAACAUUGCAGAUGAUGAACAAGCUGAACAACAGACAUUUGAUCAAGGCCAUCGCGACAUACAAGAAGGGAUCACAGAUGUACUUCCUUUUCCCAUGGGCCGACGGGGGCAAUCUUGAGGAUUUGUUUCACAAGGGCCAGGGGAAACUGGACGAGACACAAGCGAAUUGGGCUUUCGCCCAGAUGAUCGGACUCUCAGCCGGCAUUAGCGAACUCAACAGCAGCAAAUUUCGCCAUGGAGACAUCAAACCGUCCAACAUUCUCUGUUUUGGCAUCGGGGCUGGGACAUCGAACGACUGCAGGCUUGUGAUUGCUGACGUUGGUCUUGCAAAAUUUCACGCAGAAUACACUCGAAACCGGAACAAAAGUACAACGACCAGGCACGGCAGCAUGACAUACGAACCUCCGGAGGUGUUACCAAAGACAGGGAGUGCCAUCCUCUCCACGAAGCGCUAUGACACAUGGUCCUUAGGCUGCGUCUUUCUCGAGUUUCUCAUAUGGCUUCUCUACGGCGGUAACGGACUUAAAGCCUUCUACGAGGACCUCAACAAAGACCCCAAUAACUGCAGGUUCUGGAAGGAUUCGUUUUGGCUGGGCCAACGGCGUAGACAUCCGGCGGUUUCAAGAUGGAUCAAACGACUACAGGCCGAUCUUCGGCAUCCGUCGGCUUUCCGUGACUUGGUCGCCACCAUUAAAAAAAGCAUGUUGGUCAGGAUAGAAGGACGGAAGUCUUCCAAGGACUUGCACCAGGAGCUGCUGAAGAUUCAGGACAAAGUUUCGGAUGACCCAAAGUAUCUUUAUAGCUCUGAUCUUGAGAGGCUGGCAUCGCGGAGAGCACCCGCAUCCGGAACAACGGUGGAUCAGGGCGUCAUCAAGAAUCUCGCAAUCCAAGUAAGCUUACCGAGAAUGCUGUUCGACUAACACAAGCCAGCGCUCCAGUAGGCUUUAUGAUAGAUGGCGAAAUGCUGCAGAGAACGAUUGGGCGAUAUCCCUUAUACGCAAAGUAGGAUGGUCAACCCUUAGGCCACCAAAACGUGCGGCGAAUACCUGUCAAUCUUAUCGCAUAUUUGACUCUGAGGAUCCAGUUGCGAUAUUGCAAUCUAUCGCGAACCACGUAGGUUGUGGCUCUAAUGAUUGUUUCUGGUGCCACCUUUUGCGCGUCUGUCAUGCAAAAGUCAAGCUUAGCUCGGGAAAACCGGUAUCCUACGUCCUCGAUGAGGCUUCACACGUCUUCCGCAAUGUGUUUGAUGACCGCGCUCUCAUCUCCAUCUACUCAGAUCCAGCUUCCGGGUUUGCUCCGCCGUAUGCACAAGUUGGAUUACCCAUUCUCCCAAACGCUGGUAGCCCCCAGCAAUUUAAGCUUCUGAAUGCAUGGAUCAAGCGGUGCGAUGAAUCCCAUAACUGUCUGCCUCAUAAAGAAGGCACGGAUGAACGUGUCCUGAUGCCUACGAGGGUGAUCAAGGUUGGGCUUCGUCGUUUGCGCCUUGUUGAAACGAGCAAUGGCAUCAGCGGAAAGUAUGUCGCUCUAAGCCAUUGUUGGGGCAGACUCACGAAGGAGCAGAAGUUUUGCACGUACCAGAGCAAUAUUGAGGCCCUUAAGAAAGACAUUCCAUACAAGUCUCUUCCCAAGUCAUUCCAAGACGCAGUCAGGGUCACACGUGCUCUGCGCGUCCCGUAUCUUUGGAUAGAUUCCAUUUGUAUCAUUCAAGAGGACGAAGAAGACUGGAAAUCUGAAGCUUCCAAGAUGGAACAAGUCUUUAGCUCUGCCUACUGCACCAUUGCCGCAAGUUCUGCCACUUCUUCCCUUGAUGGAUUUCUCGGGAAACGAAAGCCGAGGGCUUGCGUCAGCAUUCGGACGUCUCACGGUCCUCUAUACCUUGCGGAAGCAAUUGACGACUUCCACGAACAUGUCGAGAAGAGUGUCCUUAGCACAAGGGGAUGGGUGUUACAAGAGCGAGCUCUUUCUCGUCGCACCAUCUACUUUACGUCAACCCAGGUCUACUGGGAAUGUGGUGAGGGCAUAUUCUGUGAGACUCUUGCCACGCUACAAAACCCGCAUUCACGAUUUAUCGGCGACGCUCAUUUUCCCGCAUCUGGCCUCGAAUUCUAUAAAGAUGGACGCAUACGGCUCAUUCAGCACCUAUAUGAGGUCUACAGCAAGCUGCAGCUUACAAACGCCGGUGACCGCCCUAAGGCGAUACUAGGACUACAGAAUCGGCUCGCUUACACUUUUGGAUCACGAGCUGACUACGGUGUCCAUUGGAAUUACCCCGAAAGAACCCUCCUCUGGCGAGCCGAGAGCCCUGGUAAGCUCUGCCGCAUAUCGUUCCAAACCCAGGAUGCAGUCCCUUCUUGGUCUUGGAUGGCGUAUACCGGCGCGAUCACGUAUGUGGACAUUCCUUUCAAAGAGGUUGAUUGGAUGGGGAAUCCCCAGAUUCCUUUUGGGCCUGGAGACCAGAAUGGCGAGUGGAACGGCCUGCUUUGUGCGCAAGCCAGGCCACUGCGCAUUGACAAUGACCAGCUUAGAGAGAGAAUGGUUCUUGACUCAGGCGACUCUAUGUUCUGCUCAAAGGGAUGGAAGUGUGUUGUGGUUGGGAAAAGCAAGACGAGGACGAAGAAUGAUGCCUUCCUCCAUUAUGUCUUGUUGCGUUGUUUGCUAGAUCUCAUCAAGAUGCGUCUCAAUAUCCUAUCCGCGCUCGUCGUGUCCGUCACCGGCGCGUCAGUGCUUUCCAACAGACACUCUGAUAAAGAUUACAAGUUGAGACCCUUUACUCUCAGUCUCGACAGCCGCGUUCCUCGGAUGCUUGAAUUGGUCAAGAACACGCAACUUCCCGAUGCUCCUGAAUACCCUGACCUCUCGCCGGAUGCUGGGAUCCCAUUGAGCACUCUGCAGUCAUUACGUACCGAAUGGCUGACGAAAUUUAGCUGGAAGAAAGAGCAAGCUGCCAUCAACAAAUAUCCUCAGUUUACUGCAGAGAUUGAAGGCCUCACAAUCCAUUUUGUGCACCAAAAGUCAAGGGCACCAGACGCUAUUCCGCUGGUUUUGUUCCAUGGCUGGCCGGGGUCGUUUUUGGAGUUUCUUCCCUUAGUCAAGGAUCUUACCAGCAAGGCAAAGACACCAGCUGGGAAAUCAGUCGCAUUUGAUGUGAUUAUUCCCAAUCUUCCUGGGUAUGGGCCGUCGACGGCGCCUCCAGCCAAUUGGACCACCGCAGACACGGCCAGAAUCAUCAACACUCUCAUGACGGAAGUCCUUGGAUACAAGACAUAUGCCACUCAUGGGACAGACUGGGGCUGUUCCGUCGCGUAUCAUCUGUACAGCUCAUACAACACUACCGUGCGUGCAUCUCAGCUGGUGUUUUUGCCAUUCUUCCCAUACACGCCCGAUCAGCUCACUGAUGCGGGUAUUGCGUUAAACGAGCUUGAGCAAUUUGAAGAGGGAAGCUUCAUGGAAUGGUAUACCAGUGGCCAAGGUUACUUUCAAGAGCAGACGACCAAGGAAAUUGGGCAGCUCGCUUGGAUUGGCGAAAAGUUCCUCAACUGGUCUGAUCCUCGAGCGGGUACUGAUCCUUCGGUCCUGACGCACAAUGAGAUCCUGGCGGCCGUCUCGCUGUACUACCUCACCAAGUCGUUCAACUCGGCGGGCUUCAUCUACUAUCAGAACCAAAAUGGAUUCGCCACCAAUUACACCAAGGCCCAAACAGAUGCGCCAUUGCUGUUCAGCUCAUUCAAGUAUAACGUCGCGUUCUGGCCGCCUGCGCUGGUGGAGAAGACUGGCAAUCUGGUGGUCUACAACAAUCACAACUUCGGUGGACACUUUCCUUCGCUUGAUAAUCCUCCAGCGAUGAUUGCCGAUCUUCGACAAAUUGCCGACUAUUGGGAGUAG